UGGUACAGUUGCAAGGGCGGGACCAGUUGCUGACAGCACAAAAUGAAAUGCUCAAGGUACUCUACUCUACUGCUUCAUCAUAUAUGUCUGCAAGUUUGGUUGGCAGUUUCCCUUAUUACAGAUGCGUUGGCUGCAUCUGGUCAGGCGUUGAUUGCUAGUUCGGUUUCAAAAGGGAAUUAUAGAUCUGUGAAGGAUAUCACAUACUUCGUGUUGACUAUUGGUUUUGUGAUGGGUGUUACUUUGGCUGCAAUAUUGGGAGUUUCAUUUGGUUCCAUAGUCACACUGUUCACUAAGGACAUUGGAGUAUUGGCGAUUGCUAGAACCGGGGUUUUGUUUGUGAGUGCUAGUCAGCCUUUGAAUGCUUUUGCUUUUAUUGUUGAUGGUUUGCAUUAUGGAGUUUCAGACUUCCCGUAUGCUCCUUAUUCCAUGGUAUGCUUUUUUUAG